CAUAACUGGACCAAUCUCUUGAUUCUUUUGUACGUUAAGAUAAGCUUUAAUGGCGACCAUAAUGGCCCAUAUUCUUCUCCGAUGUGACCUAAUCACGAUCUAAAUAUGCACAUAAUAAGGCCUGCAUGUGAUCACACCCUAAACAAGAUUUAUACACUCAAGCCCGUCAAACUACCAGUAGAACGAAGAAAAUCACAGUGGAAGAUCAGCGGAGAAGACUGAGAUUAUUGUUAGGGCAUUUGAAAAUGGAAGGACCCACCGAGAUCAGCUGCAACAAAAUGUUUGAUGGAUUCAACAGACGAUACAAGCAUUACAGUUCAACACUGGGUUGCCAUAUGACAUUUACUGUCUAUUUUCCUCCUGCAGCAGCAUCCCAAAAAGUUCCAGUUCUUUACUGGCUUUCUGGUCUUACCUGCACGGAUGAGAAUUUUAUAAUAAAAUCUGGAGCCCAACGUGCUGCAUCUACAGAAAGUGUUGCCUUGGUUGCCCCUGAUACAUCUCCGAGGGGUCUAAAUAUUGAAGGGGAGUCUGAAAGCUGGGAUUUCGGUGUAGGUGCUGGAUUUUAUCUUAAUGCCACUCAAGAAAAAUGGAAAAAUUGGCGCAUGUAUGAUUAUGUUGUUGAUGAACUCCCCAAACUCUUAAGUGCUUACUUUCAUCAGCUUGACACUUCAAAUGCAUCUAUUUUUGGGCAUUCCAUGGGGGGACAUGGAGCUCUUACAAUUUAUUUAAAAAAUCCAGACAAAUAUAAGUCUGUGUCAGCUUUUGCACCUAUUUCCAAUCCCAUUGACUGCCCAUGGGGUCAGAAGGCUUUAUCGAAUUACUUGGGCAAUGACAAAUCCAGCUGGGAGGAUUAUGACGCAACUUAUCUAGUGAAGAAAUGCAAUAAAUUAUCAACUACUAUCCUGAUCGAUCAGGGCGAUGAGGACAAGUUUUUAAAAGAUCAGCUGCUGCCACAUAAAUUUGAGGAGGCAUGUAAGAGUGUCAAUGUUCCAGUGACUUUGAGGUUGCAGCCUGGAUAUGACCACUCGUUCUUUUUUAUUGCGACCUUUAUUGAUGAACACAUUCAUUAUCAUUCAAAAGCUCUUCAUACUUCAUAGAUAGCCAGUUGAGGUGUUCUUUAUUUACAUCAGGAGCAAAGUUCUAGUAAUGCUCACAUUAUGGAACUUUACAAAAGUAUAUUGAAGCUGCUUUUCUGCAAUAUAUGCAAUGCAGAAAUGACAUAUAAAAUUUAUCCUAUCAAUCUUUAUAGAAAAUGGAUGGAGCUAGUGAGAUGAUUAUAAUUUUCUCAUCUUUGUUUUAUAAAGGGUCCAUUGGCUUUAGUGAAAUUGGACUCCACUAAGAUCAUUCUAGUUGUAAAAGCUAUAUUUUCAUGGUUAUGUUACAUUGGUGACUGUCAAUAUCAUAUAUCUAAUAGAAUUUAAUA